AUGGUUGAGAGUUCCUUCCCGGCAGUUAUCAGAAUUACUAAUGGACAGUUGACCGAGGCUCAGAUCGUCAGACAGCUACGUGAGUUAGUGCUGGGUAAUUAUCAGUGGCACCUGGAGCAGUUAGAAGGUCAGUCUUAUAAGGUUGACUUUCCCACUAAAGAGGAUCAGAUGCAUUUUCUUAAGUGGGGUUUAUGCAUAGUUACGAGCACAAACAUUGUUAUCGCUUUCGACGAGUGGAAGCAGGAGGAACCUGAGGGUACACCUUUGGAGAAGGUGUGGGUUCGUUUCUAUGGCGUGCCACCUAAAUAUGUAAAACACUUUCUGAUUGCUUGGAGUUUGUGUGUCUUGAUUGGUAAGACAGAAAAGGUUGACAUGCCAUUCACUCGCGCACAAAACGUUGCGAGGCUAUUGGUCAGUGUUGUGAGUGUUGAGCAUAUACCAGAUGUAGUCAGAUGGACACAUGCUGGAGUCACUUAUGUCUUAGAGCUUGAGAUCGAGGAUACUGCAGUUUCCGAGGAUGGGGAUGGGACACAAGACAUGGAUACGACCGAGGGUGGCGGCGCACCCGGGAACCAGGAGAAGGGGGCCGAUGAUACACUGUCGGAGUCGGACAAGGGGCCUGCUACACAGCCAGAUAAGGGUGGCCGAGGGACGACGGUUUCCGCGGGUGAUAAGGGGGGCGGGAUCAGUGAGCAGGCGUCUCCACGGUCCUCCUCCCCCUUGACACUCGCAGCGGAGGUUCACUCCACCACGCCCUACCCUCCUUCACCGACGAUAAGGGAGGGGCGUGGGAGUCCUGACCGCACCCUUCGCGAGAGGACCACGGAGGAGCUCAUCGCUUUUGGCGGGAUUGCGGAUCCGGUGUCGGCUGGCAGGCGUGUCAGCAACCGGAUCCAGGGACAGCCGGACGCGGACGACCUGCAGCUAGCACGUGCCAAGAGGGCCGUCAUGCUUCGUCAUGCCAAGACUACUGCAGGUAUGUCCUUUGAUAUAAGUUGUUCAAUUUUACACUUCUCUGAGAAUGAAAUUGUUGAUAAGGCAAACGACUUAGGCAUUUCUUUGGGAUCAAAUGAAACCGAGGUCGUCAAAUCCGUUAAUGAUGUUUUAGACAUGGAAGCGGAGAGGGCUUCUGAGAUCAUUCAUAAUCUUGCCUCUAUCCAACCUAUGAAUUACAAUGACAUGAAUAAUUUAGGAAUUAAUGAUCUUGCAAAUAUAUGUAAUAAUCUCUUGCCUAGUGUCGAGGCUGAAGAUGAGGAGGAUGUUGAGAACACAGAUACGGUAGAGCCUCUCUUGAUGGAGGAGGCAGUGUCUGUCAUAGAUAAUUCUAUCGUACCGCAGGGUGUUGAGGAGAAGCCCAAACGACCCUGGAAGCGGAAAAUCUAUCCUACUUCGGCAGUACGCAGAAGUGCUAGAGUAAAACUUAAGAAAAAAUUCCAUGAUGACUUAUGA